AUGGCUUACAAAAUUGAACCAUUGGUGGUGGAAAAUGUUCUAUUUCCAAAUGAAAAAUUAUUAUUUGCCAAAAAAGAAAUAUUGACGAAUAAUUCAAUUCAUAAAAUUAGUACAAAAAAUAAUUCAAUUCAUAAAAUUAGUACAAAAAAUAAUUCAAUUCAUACGAUUAGUACGAUCGAUUCAAUUAGUACAAAAAAUAAUUCGAUUAAUACGAAUAGUAGUUCGAUUAGUACCAAAAGCACUAUUAAUAAUAAAGAUGAAGAUGAAGAAAAAGCUUUUUGGGAAAAUAAGGUGUUAACUGUGGAAGAUUAUUUGAGAUCUAUAGCAAGUGAGGAAAGUAAGAAAUUAACCAAGAAGACUACUCAAAUGAUUGAAGAAUUAUUAGAUGCGAAAAAAAAGGCCAAAGAAGCAAUUAUGUCAAUUCCUGUGAUGUGA